AUGCCCUUUGUAAAAUAUCCUAGAGCUACAGAGCCUCUCUGGCAUGAAUGGGACAGGAAAGCACAGAAAUGUGGAUUAAGACACACGAUCUAUGCUGUAAAUGGGGAUCAGUAUACUGGAGAAUGGCUGGACAACUUGAAACACGGUAAAGGCACCCAGGUAUGGAAACGCAACAGAGCUAUUUAUCUCGGUGACUGGAAGUUCGGGAAGCGGGAUGGUUAUGGCUCAUACAGCAUUCUGGACCCUGUAACCAAGCAAUACAAGAAGGUGUACACAGGCUGGUGGAAAAACAACAAAAAAUGCGGCUACGGGACGACGUUUUACCCUGGCGGGGAGCGCUACGAGGGCGAGUGGAGCCGCGGCCUGCGGAGCGGCUGGGGACGGAUGUACUACCAGGAUGGAUCCAUCUACGAGGGGCAGUGGCUAGAGGACCGGCCCAGCGGGCAGGGGAUGCUGCGGCUGCCAAAUGAAAAUCAGUACGAAGGAGGCUGGAAAGAUGGAAAGAAGCAUGGCCCAGGGAAAUUUUUCUACUUGGAUAAGGGACAGUUGUUUGAAGGUAUCUGGGCAGAAGAUAUACCAAAAUGUGGAAUCCUGAUUGACUUUGGCAGAGACAAAGCUCCUGCCCCUACUCAGUAUCCAAUCCCAAAGAUUGAACUAGCUGAUCCAGAUGGUGUUUUAGCAGAGGCCCAGGCGAUGUUUGAUGACAGCCAAAAUUAA